UCGGGUGUGUGCGUGUGCAAAAUAUUAAAGUUGGUUGAAAAAAUUUGUUUGCUUUAGUUUUUGGGUAAUAAAACCGAUUCCACAAAACUAAAAAUGUACUUUCAACCAAAGAACGGUUCGAAAUCGUGCAAUAAAAAAUGUAAGUCAUCUGCAUCUAAAAAACAGUGCAGACAAUAAAAAACAAAUUCAACGCAUACGAAGUAUUUAUAUUUUUAUUCAUGAGUGAAAGGUGCAUCAAGUCACUUAUUGAGUGUGCAUUACGAUAAGUAUUAGUGCAAACAAUUUCAAAUGUAGUAAAAAUCCAAAAAAAACAUAUUAAUAUAAUCAAAAUUAGCCUAAAAGCGCAAAGGAAUCACUGUGAAGAAUAUUUGUAAACGGCAGCAAACCCCUUUGGCCACAAUGAAGUCGAGGGAAAGUACUGGAGACGCAGCGUUUUACUACGCUAUUGUGCUAACAGUGAACGUAACAUUGACGGCAAUGGUGCUAAUGGCGGCGUGUCUCUGGUGCAGGCGACAACCUACAAAGGACGAACUGGGAGGAUUAGAAGGAAUGGUCAAAAUGACUAACCCAGAUGACAUAAUCGAAGUUAAGGUGUUAGCAAGUAGUGAAUCGCAAACGGACUUAAAUACUUCUGCUGUUUCAACCACCGAUUCAGAAAAACGAGCAAGUACUGCAGCUCAUCGAAGUCUACCAGAUAUACCAAUAGUAGAAGGUAAUGGCGAUAACGGAUCCGAACUCUAUGAGACUGUGGCGGAUAAGAAUCAUUUGGUUGAGGAAAACGACCAAAACCAUAGUCCUGCACCGAGUUUGAAGAAACAAAUAAGCGUGUCUCAACACAGUUCCAUAAGCCAAGCAGAUGACAUUAGUUCACCCUAUUCAAGGGUUAGGAAUCCACCCCAUGACUAUGCUAAAGUGCGCAAUGCGGAACACCCCUAUGCGCAGGUAAACCCUCCGUCAACUUCCGCAGCAGCCGCUGCAGCUGCCAUAGUAGCUGCUGGUAAUAGUAAUAAUAACUCCAUUCACAGUAGUCAGCCUCCUCAGCUAAAUGGCACAGUUUCGCGUAACUCAAAUCACAGCAGUGCUUCACAAAAUCUUAACGAUUCAAUAUCGCACGCUGAAAUUCCCGCUGCCUCGGCUAUCGCAGGCAUGAUCUCAGCGAGUCAAGAUCUUCCUUAUAUGACACCGCCCAUAAUAGGUCAACACUUUAGUGGUGAUUCCCAAGAUUCUUCAAAAGGUUACACUAGUAUUAGCGUUCGAGAGCCUCUAGCCAAUAUUCUAGCUCAGCAACCUCCGAAACAAUCGCAGCGAGUAGCAGCUUUGACCCGUGAAACAAAUGAUUCGCACUAUGCGACUGUGUCUGACGAUUCAGAUGAAACUUAUGCUGCAAUCGAAGAUCCGAAUAUUCGCAGCAAUCCAAAUGUCCUGACUGACAUUUACACAAGCGGCUCGGAGACGUACGCACAAAUCCAGCCCAUGCAAACUAACUCUAUGGUGGUAUCAGUGGAAAUCAAUAACAUUAGCAAUAACACAAAUCCGAUUUCUAAUAAGGCGCUUGCUAACAAUGCACAAUCAACAGAUAAUACAGCGAUUGUAGCGUCCGCAUCAAACCACCAUAAUCAACAAACCACAUUUGGUAGUCAGAGUCAUUCUAGGCCUAUUUCUGAACACGUUACCCCGAUACCACCACCUAUAGACAGCUUACGCACACAAAAGCACUCCAGACAGGCGUCCUCGUCAUCAAACAACAGUUCUUCGAUCUGUACAUUAGGUUCACCAAAACCAGAAAAACGCCAAGCCAACUCUCCGCUACCACCAACUCCCAAAUCGAACAUUACCUCGGGUCGAAGUUCGGUUAUAUCUGUCAUUGAAUGUAGCGGCGGUACUGGAGAAUUAAAUUUAAGUGGAAUUUUAACAGCGGUGUCGAAUACAGCAGUCCCCGCUUCAACCGCAUCAACUAAUGCAGUCGACAGCUCACCGCAAAAAAAUAAAACCAAAAGUCUAAGUCCGUCCAAAGACAUCGAAGGAAUGUACGCUAAGGUGAUGAAGAAGAACAAAUUGUCGCAUCACUCAACUUCCUCUCAAAACAGCUCUCCUGUAAUGGCCCGCAAAAGUGGUGAUCUCCUCGAAAUUAGUCCACUAGACAUGGCUGCAGCAGAGCUAAUGGAAUUGAAUCGUGCUAAUGUAUUUUCGAUUCAAAAUGCCUCCGUCGAUAAAAGUCGCAUCCGCAGCAACAGUUAUGGUGCCAAGGAUCAUGGGUAUGAAACAAUACCUGCGGAUGGAUUACAUCGAUCAUCAGCUUUAGAAAAUCGUAAAUCGGAUUGUUAUAGCAGUAUAUUGCAUAAAGAACGACCAAAAGAGAUGUUGCAAUUAACAAAUCCGCCUUCAGCAAAAAUAAAACCACCGAUAGAGUCAGACCUAAGUAGUGACAAACAUUAUGAGACUAUUGCCGUGCCGCUUGAUACAACGAACAACAGUGAUCCCGGCUAUGAAACCUUACAGAAGCCGGCUAAACUAAAUCAUUCCGAAAUAGAUAACGGUAAGAAAUUUUCUGACUAUGAUCCCAAUUACGAAGUGCUUGAAGGACCGAAGUCUACUGGUCUCUCCGAUGACGGCUAUGCUAAAAUUAACGAGAGAAAGUCCUUGGCUGUCGAUGAAGAUUCUACAGAUGGCUAUAGCAAAGUUAAAGGUGAAGAAAACGAAGAAGGAGCCACAGGUGGUUACAGCAUAAUUGCAACCGAUGCCAAUCACAACUAUGCCAGCAUCGCCGAAUCGAAAGCAGAAAUAAUUGGCGCCACCCCAGAUACCGAAGAUUCCGAUCACUAUGCUCGCAUUGCUGAAGCACCGCGAAUACCGCAAUCAGCGUCUGAACUGCCACUCAGUAAUAACCUGCAUUCGCCAACGGGAACACUUGCUCAAAGCGUGAGUGUUAUUUCUAGUGGCACACAUGAUACUCUAGCGAUCACCUCACCUACAUCGGUCAACUCAUCCUCAUUGCUAGCCAACAGCUCCACUUUGUCAUCCACCAACGUGCUAACCGGCAGCGGUAGUGGCAGCACAGCCAGCACGAUGAGUUCACGACAAACUCCAUCGACAUCUUCGCAAUAUGAAUCACUUACUGGCAGCGAAGCAGAUCCAAAUUACGAAACCGUCUGCUAUACAAAUACAGAAAAUGAAAACCCAUACGAGAGGCUACAGACCGAAUAUUCCGAUACACAGCUGAGCAGCAGUAGUCCCCUGACGCCAGACGAGCUGCGUACACGAACACACAAUGCCACUGCAGGAAUAAUCGAUGUCGGCAGUGCAAGCGCCUCAUCAACAACAACAACAAACUCUGAAAAGACAGUGUUGUUAAAGUCAACAGCGAAUGGGCUUACGCCAAAAACAGGACAUGAGAGACCAUCAGCAAAAGUGCAAAGUACCAGUGAACUGAAUUCCACAGAUGUAAUAGUCGAUGAUUACUUUCAAGUUUAAUAUUUUAAUUAGGGAUUACUUGAGCUGAGAGCAAAUAUUUGGUAGUAACAAAUAAAUAUGUUGUAAUUUUUAUUA